ACUGUCAAAAGUUGACAACAUGGCAAAAUUCACUAGCAGCCGGUCUCGGCUGAUAUCAAAAUAAAAUAUAUUUUUUUUAAUCAUUUUAAGAUAUUUUGCAAGUGCUGCUAGGAUUAUAACUAAAGUACUUAAAUUAUACUUCAUUAUUUCAUUAAUUCUCUGUAUAGUAUUCCCAUAUUUCGAAGUUAUUCGAAGGAAACUAAAUAAACACACCCAGAAAAAUUUGCUCACGUCCAGAUUAACAAUGUUUUAAGGAAAACUCCAGCGUUUUGACUCACCAUCAAACAAUAUGUUACCUCUGUCGCACAAGGACAAUUAUCAUAGGGGUUUCGGGUCCAGGAUAAAAGAAAAAGUCAACGGCUAUGCUAGAUUAAUAUUCUCUGAUCGAAACUCUAGGAAUCUAUUUUUGUUUUUAAUGCUAAACUUCUCGUUCGCUUUUGUGGAACUAAUAUACGGUGUCUGGAGUAACAGCUUAGGUUUGAUUUCGGAUUCAUUUCAUAUGUUUUUUGACUGUACGGGCCUUAUUGCUGGACUUUUUGCUUCAGUAAUUACAAAAUGGAAAGCAAACGAUAAGUAUUCCUAUGGUUAUGUUAGAGCAGAAAUUCUGGCUGGUUUUGUAAAUGGGUUGUUUUUGCUUUUUAUAUCCUUUUUCUUAAUGUCAGAGGCAGUAGAAAGGGCCAUAGAACCACCAGAAGUGAAACAUGAACGAUUAUUUGUGAUAUCUGUACUAGGCCUUUUAGUAAACCUUGUCGGAAUAUAUGCUUUCCAACAUGGUCACGGACAUGGGCAUUCUCACGGAGGCGGUUCUCAUGGUCACAAUCACUCACAUGGAGGCUCUUCACAUGGUCAUUCACACAAUAACCAUUCACAUGACUUCACAAUGGACA